AUGAGUCAACGAAAUUCAAAUGCAAGCCCACCUCGUAAUUCGAGAAGUCGGCAACUUCAACCAAAUUUGGAUCCUCUCGCCACACCGCAAUCCUUUUUCAGAAGCAAUCCUUCGUCAGUGUCGCCUAGUAUUUUGUCUUCACCACCACCACCUUUCAAACUUCCAUAUCCCCCAAACAGAGAGAAUCAUGCGCAAUCUAUAAAUAAUUUUUUCGCGUCACCUAUUCUUGAGAGUUCUCCAUUUUACGAUGCUAGGAGCAGUAUAGAAAGUUCUUCAAGUAAUGCUUCUAGCUUGGAAGAAAAAACGCGGCAAUGGAGAAAUGACGCUUAUUUCAAAAAUUUGUAUGAAACUGCUGUGUUUUGGGGAAACAAAGUUAUGACAAUGACUGGCGACUCGAACGACGCGCUUUGGUUAGCACAAGUACAUUAUAACAUGGGCCAAUAUGUCAGGGCACAAAAAUUAAUAUGGAACCUCAUAGAUUCGAGCGUUGUAUGCCGAUUUCUAGCUGCAAAGUGUUGC